AUGCACCAGAAACGAUGGCCACAACUUGAUAGGGAAUUUUUAACUGUAAAACAAAGAAAGGUCAGAUCUUCUACGGCACAAAAAGGCAUCAAUAGAGGAGAUUGUCCAGGUGUCACAAAUGGAGACCCAUACACAACUCCGCAUAUUCUUUGUCCCAAGUGGCAGAGUUUAGCAUCACCAAACCAUCAGGCUCAUGAAUCACUUGUUUUUCUUGAAAUAUUGCAAACUAGCAGGAUUAACUAUGCAAGUAUGUCUAUGGCACAGAAUCUAGCAUCUUCAGACCAAAAUUAUGUGCAGUAG